AAAAAAUAUCCCUAUUUAUGUAUGCUUGUCUUUUAUGGCCCGGUAUUGUUUGUUGUUAAUUUAUGAAACAUUUUCCCUGUGUAUUUUUUACAAUGCCAAAAAAAGGGGAGUCAUUAUUAUGUUUUUUUUUUACAUCAUAGUCAGCAAAAAAUGGUGGAUUGCCUCAUAUUAAACACAAUUUGCAGUGGAUUUACGCUGCUAUCCUUGGAUUGCUGAUUUUAAAAGAAAGGAUUGAUACAGGAUAUAAAGGAUGGGGCUGGGAAGGGUAAGGAAAAGAAUGCGUGCCUCCGGCUCCAUCACUCACAAUUUUCUGUGGGGGUGUGGUACCUUCCCAUGUGCGAGCUUGUGCAAUUUGUAACGAAGCAUGCUCGAAUACCACGUUAAAGCCAUAAAUAGCUCGAAUAAAAACCUUCCAUUCAUUUUGCAAAAAUUCCGAAAAUGGUGACGUAACCACUAUGUAGAGUUCUCCAUAAAACUUUUAAUGUAUAUUUUUAUAUUUUUUCAUAUUGCGUUAUUAUCAAUAUUUCCAUAUUAAUCAUAUUAAGUUGAAAGUUUGAACUUGAUCUACUGAAACCAAAUUCAAAAAUUCUUUUACCCUUAGAUGUAUACGUUAUCUCCGAGUGUUAUAGGCUAUAUGUACAACGGACUGUUAGUGUAUAAAAUGGAGAGAAAAUUUCGUAAAUGCCACAAAAUCGUUCAAAACCAACACACACAAACUUAUUAUUCGUUAUCGUUGUUAUCGUUAGUUUCAUGAAUUUUCAUCGUGAUAUAAGCGAUAUGAUACAUCACCUAAUAUAAGCAAUUGAGUCAUUUAAGUGACGUAGUUUUUUAAUUCAUUAUCUCCUUAAAACAAUGAUGUAUCAUUAUUACUAAAUAGUUAAUUUGUGUUUAACGAGUUUUUUUAUAAAUGGCCACGUAUACCUAUCAUAACCAAACUAAAGAGCAAUUCCCUUGACAGAAUUUAAUACAAAACAAUAAUUCCAAAGCUGAAUAUAUUCAUUAUUAUAUAUUUGGCUGGAUGGUGGUGUGACCUCCUGGUGGCGAUGGUAGGUAUAAAAUGCGCGCGCAGUAAUGACGUACUCUUUAAGUUAAUUGUUAGUCUUUUGUAUAGACUCAGUGUCCACGGAAACCAAAAAAAUAACCUACGUUACUUAAAUACAAAUGGACGGAGGUGGGACAUAUGGACAAAAAUUUAAGUACUCAAAUAAACGACGCAUUCAUGGAUUACAAUUACCCUUAAAUUUGCAGCAGUUUUCUUUAUGGGGAGUGUUUCUGUUAACUCUAUUGAUAAACUUUUUACUUUUAGUGAAAAUACAAUUUGACGUGUUGGAAGUUGUCUCGUUUAUAAUUUUUCUCGUUUUAUACGGAUGUCAUGUAGUAUCACAUAUGUUUGCCAUGAUACUAGACCCUGGUGAAGAAGAGCUCCGUAAAAGAAACACUAUCGACGUUCCAGAAUUCGAUCGACACAUUCACACUCAUGUUAUUGAGAAUGGACGAUGUCAUUUAUGCAACAUAUAUACUACCGACAAAAAAACAAAGCAUUGUGGAAUAUGUAAUAAGUGUGUUUAUAGAUUUGACCAUCAUUGUAAAUGGUUAAACAAUUGUGUAGGAAAAAGAAAUUAUUUUGCCUUUAUAGGAUGCGUUUGCACUGCCCUGCUGAUUUCCCUUUUUACAUCCUGUCUAUGUAUUAUCGAUAUUGUAAGUUUUUAUAAGAACCCAUUGUAUCUUGGGGUAACUACGCAAAAUUACAUUAACUGUACCUCAAUAGAUGGCGGAUAUUAUUUUAAAUAUUGUGCAAAUUCCAUAUAUUUUUUAAUAUUUUUAGUAAUUUAUUUGUCAUGUGGCAUAGCAAUCACCUUUGCGCUGUUACACUUGUUUUGUUUUCAUGUAUACAUAUCAAUUUUAGGAAUUUCGACAUACGAAUACAUUAUAAGAAAUAAGUCGACAACUUUCCGAUUUCGGUGUAUCCGUGUGCCGAAUUUGUACAUAAUAAGUAAAAGUAAGGAUACUCAAAGAAAGCGUACGGAGUUAUCGAAAAAUGUACCAACUGUUACUAAUUUAGUCGGUGUAUUACUCAACUACGAACUAGAAAAAGCUAAAAAAAUUAUAAAUUACAACAAUAAAAUUCAUCCCACUCAGGAAAUAGUAGCAAAUUGAGUAUGUUAAAACAUCUAAUAACAUCAAAAGAAAAUUAUGAAAAUCUAUUAACACUUAUCGCAAUGCUAUAAUUACUUAAAUAUUGUACCUAAUGUGACAUUAUUGCCAUUAAGUCUAACCAAUUAAAUGAAGUUGAUGACUUUUACAUAAAAUAUUUGAAACGCUCGAGCGCGUUACGUAUAUAUGCGUACCUUGCCUAAUGCCAAUGAUAAGUACAUACCUCCAUUUAGUACGAGUCUUUAAAAUAGGGGGCGCACAUUAAUCUAUAAAGGGUAUUUAGAAUAAAGAAAAAUCCUUAUUUUUCAGUGUCGCAUAAAUUAUUUUUUAUUCGUUUUCACCCUUCCUUCAUAGCCACGAAGCCUAGAAUGUCAUCAUAAUAAUAUAUAGCUAAAAAGAUCUUCAUCGACACACCAAUCAAAUUCGAAUGAUAUAUUAUUUUACGUAUAUUUUUCUGUUUAGGUACACACAUGUAUAACUUUCAAAUAGUGUUUGAGUUUUGACACACAAGUCGCUAGUUUUAGCAUAAAAUGUUUCUUAUUAUUUUGAGGACGACAAUAUGAUAGAGGAGUCAAUUCGAACUACAAAAUAAAGCUAUAUGGUGAUGAUUAAGUAAAAAACAAAUAGUUUUUUAAACUUUAUUCAAUAUAAUAUACAGAUAAUUUAGAACACAAUAAAAUUAAAAAAUAAACACCCAACUUAGUUUCACCAAAUGCUAAACAUUUAAAAA